ACCGAUUCUCAAUUCUCAUUCUCAUUCUCAUUACAAUGCAUUUCACUUCAUUUCAUUUCAUUACAAUGUUGGUACUCCCUUACACAACCCAAAUCCAAUAAAUUAAUUCAUUCGCCCUACACGUUUUCCAUCCUCCUCCUCCUUCAUGUGAAGAAUCUCAACUUCCUCCUUUUCUGCGCUCAAUUUCUCCUCAAUUCAGAGAGAGAGAGAGAGAGAGAGAGAGAGAGGAGCGUCGGAGGUGAAGAGAUAUGGCGGCGGAAAAGGAGACGGCGGCGAAGCUGGAGAAGAGCUACUUCGAUGUGGUCGGACUUUGCUGCUCGUCGGAGAUUCCGGUGAUCGAGAAAAUUCUUACCUCGCUCGACGGAAUUAAGGAUUUCUCGGUGGUUGUCCCGACCAAGACACUCAUCGUCGUCCAUGACUCCUUACUUACUUCACAGCUUCAAAUUGUUAAGGCGCUGAACCAGGCACGGCUGGAGGCGAACGUCCGGCCACGCGGCGGCGCCGCCUACAAGAACAAGUGGCCGCCGCCGUACGCUCUCGCCAGCGGCGCCUUGCUGCUGCUGUCGUUCCUCAAGUACUUCUACCGCCCGCUCGGCUGGCUCGCCGUCGGCGCCAUCGCCGUCGGAAUCCCGCCGGUCGUUCUCAAGGCCGUCGCGGCGGCGCGCAACCGGAGACUGGACAUCAAUGUGCUUGUCCUAAUCGCAGUCUCGGGAUCACUUGUUCUUCGCGACUAUUGGGAAGCAGCUACAAUUGUGUUUUUAUUCACGAUUUCCGAAUGGCUCGAGUCGAGGGCUAGCCAUAAGGCAACAGCUGUCAUGACAUCGCUAAUUAGCGUGGUCCCACAACGAGCUGUCUUGGCCGAUACCGGCGAGGAAGUUAGCGCUGAUGAAAUCAAAUUAAACACUAUUCUUGCCGUAAAACCUGGCGAAGUUAUCCCGAUCGAUGGCGUAGUUGUCGAAGGCAAUUGUGAAGUGGACGAGAAAAUUCUUACCGGAGAAUCAUUUCCUGUGGCUAAGGAAAAGGACUCGAUUGUUUGGGCGAGCACGAUUAAUCUCAACGGUUACAUAAGCAUCAAAACAACAGCCGUGGCUGAGGAUUGUGUCGUCGCUAGAAUGGUAAAAAUUGUCGAAGAGGCUCACAACAAUAAGUCUCGAACUCAAAGAUUUAUCGACAAAUGCGCGAACUAUUACACACCAGCUAUUGUGAUAAUAUCGGCUUGUUUGGCCGUUGUUCCUCUCGCAUUUCGAUUGCAAGAAAAGAAAGAAUGGUACCAUUUGGCGCUCGUCGUCUUAGUGAGCGGGUGCCCGUGCGCGCUCCUUCUCUCGACACCUGUUGCCAUGUUUUGUGCAAUGUCGAAAGCCGCUACGCUCGGCGUUCUAUUCAAAGGCGCCGAGCAUCUCGAGAAUCUAGCGCGUGUAAAGAUCAUGGCCUUCGAUAAAACAGGGACGGUAACGAGGGGAGAAUUUGCGGUCGUCGAUUUCAAGUCUCUCCGAGACGAUAUGAUCGCAACGGAUACACUACUAUAUUGGAUUUCGAGCAUUGAAAGCAAAUCAAGCCACCCGAUGGCAGCUGCAUUGGUCGAUCAUGCAAGAGCCCACAAAGUCGAGCCAAAGCCCGAAAAAGUCGAGAACUUUCGCAACUUCCCGGGUGAAGGGAUCUAUGGAAUAAUCGAAGAGAAUGACAUAUACAUUGGAAACUCGAAAAUAGCAUCGAGAGCGGGGUGCACCGCCGUUCCCGAAUUAGAAGGAUGUGAUAUCGAAGGAAAAUCCGUUGGUUAUGUCUUUUUGGGGCCAUCUCCGGUCGGUGUGUUUUCCCUCUCCGAUAUGUGUCGCACCGGAGCCAAGGAAGCGCUCCAAGACCUCAAAUCGUUGCGAAUCAAAACCGUUAUGCUAACGGGAGAUUGCCGCGGAGCGGCCAACCGUGCUAAAGAGCAGUUGGGCGAUUCGUUGGAUGUUAUUCGGGCGGAGCUCCUACCCGAAGACAAAGCGAGCGUCGUGAAGGAGCUUCAGAAAGACGGCCCGACGGCCAUGAUCGGCGACGGCGUCAACGACGCUCCGGCACUGGCAACCGCCAACGUCGGGAUCUCCAUGGGCAUAUCGGGAUCCGCUCUCGCCACGGAGUCCGGCAACAUUGUCCUAAUGACCAACGACAUUCGGAGGAUCGCAAAGGCGACUCGCAUUGCAAGAAAAGCGAGGCGUAAGAUCGUCGAGAAUGUAAUAAUCUCCCUAUCCACCAAGACCGCCAUCAUCGCCCUCGCCGUCGCCGGCCACCCCCUCGUUUGGGCGGCCGUGCUCGCCGACGUCGGGACGUGCUUGCUAGUGAUAUUCAACAGCAUGUUGUUGCUUCGUGGGUCGGGCCUACGGGUCGGGCCCGCGAAGAAAUGCUCGUCGCAUUCCGACGCGCACAAAAAACGCGAGCACCGUCGUCAUCAUCAUCAUCAUUCUCAUAACUCCCCUUGUUCGGACAUCGAAUCCCAUGGGAAGUGCGGGCCGGGAUUGGGUUCGAAUGGGCGAUCUUGUGGCCCGCAUAAGUGCUCAAGCCCGCGUAAAGAUCACAACGCACAUUGUUGUCCGGAUAAGACAACUACAAUUAAGACUAAACCCCAUCCGUGUCACGACAGUACAAAAAACAAUUGCAAGAAUCACGAAAAUGGUGACGAACAUGGAAACCCGGAUGCGCCGAGCGUCGACGCGGCCGGAAACCCGGAAAUUUCGGGUUUUGGGAGCCAAACAAAGGGUUGUGGAGAUGAAAGGUUGUUGGGAUGUAAGAAGAGUGAGGAGUGUAGGGGUAGCAAAAAAGAAUGUUGUGUUAGAAGUGGACAUUUUGGGAGUGAAGGAGGAUUCAUCAAAGGAGGGCUGUCUGAAAUUGUAAUAGAUUGAAAUAAUUUUGUGUCUUAUCCCUAGUAUUUUUAUGUAAAACAUGUUUCAAAUA